GGAGCUGGGGGAGGACGGUGGCCCGCGAGGCUCGUCGCAGACAACGCGGCGGCGAUGUCCGCGAGCCAGGCGAGAGCCGCGGCGGCAGCGGCGGGGCCUCGCACGCGGCAAGGCGGCCUGGGCUUCGGCCUCCCUCCGGUUCCUAGGAAGCGGGCCGGCGGCCAGCGUGGGAGCAGCAGCGGCAGAGGCGGAGGCUUCGGCGCGUCUCUCUCCUCCCGUUGAGCCUGAGCCGGGGGAGGCCAGGCGGUCCGGGUGGCUGGAGGGGGGUCCGCUGCCCGAGAAUGGGAAUUCUCUUCACCAGGAUUUGGAGACUGUUCAAUCACCAGGAGCACAAAGUUAUCAUUGUUGGGCUGGAUAAUGCAGGAAAAACUACCAUCCUUUACCAGUUUUCUAUGAAUGAAGUUGUACAUACAUCCCCUACAAUAGGAAGUAAUGUAGAAGAGAUAGUGAUUAAUAAUACACGUUUUCUAAUGUGGGAUAUUGGUGGCCAAGAAUCUCUUCGUUCUUCCUGGAAUACUUACUAUACUAACACAGAGUUUGUAAUAGUUGUUGUGGACAGUACAGACAGAGAAAGGAUUUCUGUAACUAGAGAAGAACUCUACAAAAUGUUAGCCCAUGAGGACCUGAGGAAAGCUGGAUUGCUGAUUUUUGCUAAUAAACAAGAUGUUAAGGAAUGCAUGACUGUAGCAGAAAUCUCCCAGUUUUUGAAACUAACUUCUAUUAAAGAUCACCAGUGGCAUAUCCAGGCAUGCUGUGCUCUUACUGGCGAGGGAUUAUGCCAAGGACUUGAAUGGAUGAUGUCACGGCUUAAGAUUAGAUGAUCUCUACUGACCUCUUCUCAUAGACUUUGUAUAAAGUGCUGGACUUUACAUGAAAGCUGCAAAACUUAAUGGUUUAGAUAUAUUUAUAAUAAACUGAAUUAAACAUUUAAACUUUUUCUAUAAGAAGAAAAAUUAAGACCACUUAUUUGAAAACAAAGAUGAAUCUCACCUUCCAAUCUGCUUUCUCAUUAGUUCCUUCCAAAGCAAAGUCUUAAAGCUGUGAUUGACACUUUUCUCAUAAUGAAUCCUCUCAGGAUGUUGUGUAGCCUGUGGUAAGUACAAAGGGAGAGGAAGACAUUUUUAACUUUAAGAGCUUUAUUAUUAGUAUAACCCUCCCUAGUUGAAUGUUGUUCUCCUCUUGUUCCAUUAAGUCAAAAUACAAAUCAGCACAGUUACUCAGUUUCCAAUAUUUUAAAGUGUAAUGUUACUUAUGAAAAAUAUUUUGCCUAAGGUUGUUUAUGUAUUGUGUAUAUACCUCAAGUUCCAGUUAAUGGCUUUGAUUUAUGUUCUAAAAAAGCGAGUAACACACAAUUUAAUAAUAUCCUUAGUUAUAACCAUAGUGAGAUGAGUACUGGCAUUGGUGGUAACUGCCAUUUUGUACUUGCCGUAUGUUCUCUGUAUCAGACUAAUCAACCCCCCAACUCACUGAGCUGCUCUUUAAAAAAAAAAAAAAGAAAAAGAAAGGCAGAAAAAGGAAAAAACUUGGCAUUGUCUACCUAAUUUUUUGUUGACCAAAUCACAUACAUGGAAACAGGUAAUCCAGCUGAGUGGAAAAUCUAUCAUAUUCUUGACUUAGUAUUACUAAUGGACAGAAUUGCAUGUUGAGCAGUUAUCGGAUUGUUCCCUUUAUUGGACCUUAUGCCAUCUAAAUUACUGAGUAAAUUAUUAAUCCAUCAAUCAGUCAAUCAUUACUUGUGAUUAAAGUCAUUAAGUGAUUUUUUUUAGCAUUAAUUGGAAGCUGUUGUGUGAAAUAUAUCUAUCCAGAGAAAUGUCACCCUAUAAAUAUUAUCAAAUAAUUUAGCCAAAGUCUUCUUAGAUAUUAAAUUAUAGGUCAAGCAUUUAAAGUGAAUUUGAGAUGAAAUGUAAAGCAUAUUUUCUAAGCAACAAAGAUAAUUUCUUAAUUUGAAAGUUUCUUAUUUCUUAUCUUAAGAGUUGAAAUAGUUGAGAUUUUUUUUUGUGGUUUGUAAGUUUUCUUUUAUCUGCUCACUCCAUAAUGCAUUGUUUGACAGUUAAAGAAUACAAACCUUUUUUUAAUGCUUUUAAGAAUUUGGUUUAAAAAUUGAUCAACUUAAUGUUUUAUUUUCACUAAGAAGUAACUUGGCCCCAAAACCUUUUAUAUUUGUUAGGGUUUUGUUUUUGUUUUUGUUUUUUCCAGCAUCUGAAAGUCUAAGAUACUUCUUUUGCAACUGAAAACAAACUUACCCUAAAUGUGUUAAAUCAUAUUCUUGUGUACUCUGUUGGUAUAUCUUUCAUUCCCUGAAAAUCUGAUGGCUAAUCCAAAACUGGCAUGCUUUAGAAUAUUCAAGGAAAAAAAACUACUUUUAAUACCAGCCUUUUAGAUUUCAAAGAUUUUCAUGAGAAAUAAUAGUAUAUACUAUAAGCAUUGACAAAACUUUGAAAGUUCCUUUCUAUAAAAUAUAAAAUACUCAUUAUAUAAAUCCAAGUCAGACAUGGCAGGUCAGUGUUUAACAUAGGAUGUUUUGUGUUUUAUAUUAUAAUGUUCAAAAUACAAGUAUAACCUUUUAAUAUUUGUCAACUUGCUUUUACAAAAGUAAAUCUUAAUUACUAAGCUUUAUUUGUUCAUAUGUCCUCAUACUUCUUCAGAUCACUAUAAGGAGUUGCUUGUAUGUUAAAAACCCAAGUCUAUUUUGUAGAUGUUGCAGUGUCAUCAGAGACAAAUUUUCUGUAAAAUAGCCCAGCAAAGACAUCUUUUAUCCUUUUUAUCUUUUAAUUUGAAUAAUCAUGGUUUAGUCCCUUGGGUUGCUGCCACAUCGGUUCAACAGUAUACCAGCACAUUCCCUUGUCAUCAUGGUGUUGGCCAAAAUUUAUUCUUAAUUGGAUGUUUAAAGCAUGCCCUACAUUGUUACGGUUGGUUUAGUGAUUGACAUGGCAUCAUAAGAGUGCAUGAAAUCUUAUACCACAUUUACAAAACAUGUUUUUUUGGUCAUAUUCUAUCCUCUAGGCCAAGCACUAGAAAUAAGGGUGGUACCUUUAUACUUGUGCAUAAAACCAAAAUUAUAAUGGAGAAAAAUGUUUUUAAUUCAUGUAUGAAAAUAUAGCAAAAUCAUUUUAACAGUAUUACUUCCAAAUAACACGUAGAGCCUCAUGAAUAGUCUUGUUGGCGAUUUAUGUGUAGUUUAAGUAGAAUUAAGCAAAGGGCAAAGCUUUUGGUUUUUUAAUAUGCUACUUUUGGGUGUAAACAAACAUCUUAUUUAGGGUUAUUAUGCUCAGCUUUGCAAAGAACAAAGCUUCAUACCUUUGUACAUGUGGCUGGAUUUACAUAUUCUGUGUUUGAUACUAAUUUUGAAAGUCAUAUUACUUCUCUUGGUAUCUUGGUAAAAGUAACCAUGUUGCUAUAAGCCUUUAAAUAUGUUUAAUUUUGUCAUAUACCAUUUAGAAAGUAUAUCUUACACAUUAUAAUGAGGAUUCUUGUUUGACAUUUUCAGUUCUAUCUUCUUUGGCCCUCAUAAUGGGCAAAGAAUACAAUGGAGGCAGGUGGUUUGGGAGGCAGGGGAAGGUGGGGAGGGAGUAUGACAUUUUGCCUUAAGAAUAAAAAAGUGCUUCAGCACUGCUGUCUGGCAUUUUUAAUGCAGGUAAUUAAAAUGAUUUUAGGAUCAUGGUAUGGAAUAGAAGAGGAAUUUCUCUUUUCUGGUCUUCGAGAAGUGCCUAACAGGUAGUGACUGAGAUCACAGAGAAGUGCAGGGCACUUAAGGAAAGUCAGGAAGGCCCUGAGAUGUCCUUUUCUUUUUUGUCUGAGUGUAUAGUAUUAAGAUGCCUAGAAAUGGGAUUCUGUUGUCCCCUCUUACAGGCACUUUGCAAUUCUUGCUGUGACUACAGCAACCACAUACAGUACAGACAACCUCAAAAUUUGUUUAUAUUACUGUAAAUAGAAAAACUAGACAGCUUUCUAGUUUUCUCUGCUGACAUUUUUUGAGAAUAUAUCUGUAAAUUUUGUAUGUAGGGGAUGGCAGCACAUCCCGUAUUAUCUGUGGACUUUGGGUCAUCUUCUCUCAAUUGCCCAGUUGUAUCCUGGAAUCAAUCCACUUUUCAAGGCUGGGUAGAGACAAGGUUUCUUUGCAUGACUUAACUCUGAAACUUCCCACUGUCCAAGUAUAAUCUGGAACUUCUUGCUUGAGGAUUGGCUUUCCCAUAGCUCAGCCAUCCUCCUGUAUCUUUGUUCCCUGUCAAUGAAGAUAUGCUGUCUUGGUCUUGGAGAUAUUCUCAACUUUACCUAUAUCCAUUGUUCCCCAAACUACUAAUUUCUAAGUAGGUUCUCUAGUUUUUUGCUGUCCUCCCACCACUGGCUUGAUUCAUUGAUUUGCACUUCACUCAUUGGAGAGUAUUGUCAGAAUUGAGUACAUCACAAGACUGGCUUGCUGUGUGCACAGCAUAUAAAUACCAGUAGAGUCCUUUAAAUUAUACUGUAUUUAACAUUUUAAUACUUCUUAAUUUUAGCUUCAUAUGCUGAAAAGUCGAUUCAGAAAGAUAAGAGAAGUACCUAGACUCUGCCAGCUCCUUGAGCUACCAGUUAGACAUGAAAGGGAUAAAGUUAAAUGUGUAUUAUCUUCCCAUUACCAAAAAUGGGUUACGUUUUGAAGAAUAUCAGUACAAAUAGUUUGAGUUGGAAAAAGACACCAAACCAAAUUCAUAUGUAGUGUUUAACAUGAAGACAUCCCCCCAUCCUUAAAACUGUAGAUCACAUUCCAUUUUUUUCUCGUUUACCUAAAGAACUAAGAUAAACAUUAGCUGUCUAAAGGAAUUAAUAAUGAGAAGCCUAUUUUUACAAAAUGAACCUGUUGAAAUAGACUUUAAAAGAUGUCAAAAGUAUUAAUCAUCAUGUAUUGACACUGUGUAGAUGCAGGCAUAAUAUAGAAAAUACUUUUUUAAUGUUACACUUAUACAAAAAUGAAACUUCUAUAUUAUGCUCCCUCAAAGAAUAUAUGAUCAUAUUAAGACCAGAAUGGUGGAGUAAAGGAAAGAAAGACAGAAUUUUAAAACUUCGAAUGCUAAAGAGUGACUGCUUCCAUUGAACCCUAAAAUUGUGUGUGGAAUUAUGAAGAAAUUGUAAGAGAAUACAGUUGGGUAAAUUAUGCAAUGUUUCUUAUCAGUUGUCUGGCCUUUGUGUAUUAUUCUAAAAACUGAAAUUUAAAUCUUUAUGGUCUUGCCUGCUAGAUAUUCUGUUCUUUGGUAGAAAAUUCCCAUAGUCUGUACUCAAGAAGUGCCUAAAAUUGAUUUGUGUUGAUUUUUAAGUCCAUCUAAUAAAUUAUAUGUGUUUUCUAUGGUAUUAUAUGUGCUUGGCUUACUGAUGAUACAGCCCUGAGGGUUUUCAAGUCACAGCUUUUUUGCUUUGUUUGAUUAAAAAGCCUUGAAAUGGAGAAUACCUAUCAUAAUUCUGAAUAAACCAUAGGGUAAGGAAGCAUGAACGAAACCAUUUUUUCUCUUUCUUAAUACAAAUAUUUCAUUAUCCCAGUGUUAGUUAAUGCAGAGACUAGAAAACUGAACUCUAUUUCUGUUUUUUUUAAAUAAUUUAAACAGACAAAAUUCUAUUGGGUGUUUUAAAACCUUAGUAAAAAUGUGUUGCUUGUGUAGGAGGAGUCUCUUAAUUCUUCUCAUACUUAGUGGUUAGUAAUUUUGAAUCAUAUUUAGAUCUUGAGCCACUUUAUGUGUCAACAUACCAAAGUCCUUCCUCUUUCGAUUCUCCUUAGAAAACAAAAUACUUGAUAGAACUUUAUUAUGUUUCUCAUAUAUCCUUUCUUCCUUCCUUCCUUCCUCCCUCCCUCCCUCUGUCUCUUCCUUCUUCCCUCCCUCUCUGUCUUCCUUCCUCCGUCCCUCCCUAACCAUAGAACAUGACUGUAAACUGAGGGCAAAGGCUUGACUGAAUUUUCAGUGAUUCACAGUUACAUUUUGUUUAUAUUUUAAAUCAUCUUGCAUGGAAAGUGAAAUGUAUAUAUGAUUUUAAUUAUCGUAAUAUAUACUGUUCUCUUCCAAAACUUCUUAUGUUGGUGAUAGAAAGAAUUCCUCUAAUUAUUUUUGCCUGAAACUAAUCCUUCAGAUUAAAGUAGCUUUUCUUAUGUAUGUCCCUCUGUGGUUCCUUGAGAGGAGGUGAUACCUGCAGAGCACUUUUAAAGAUGUUUUCUGGGUUAAUGUAACACAAGAUAACACAUUGAAGAGGAAGCUAUAAUUAUGUCUAAUGAGGGCUCUUUUGGUUGCUAGAGAUGAAAAAAAUGUAUAUUAAUUUUAAUUUGUGCUUGAAAUACAUUUUACUAACUAUUGAUUUUUAAAUGUGACAAACUCAUCUUGUAGAUAUUAAUCUUCCUUGCUUAUUGUAUUUUCCUAGAGAAACCUGGAUGAAAGUGUAUUCGAGCUAGUCUCUGUAUAUUGACAUUUGUGCUCUAUGUAUAUUGACGUAGUUGAAGCUGCAUUUAACAACAAAUUAGAAACCUUUUGAAAACUUUUAGGUUUGUUGUAUUGGAAUUUCUAAUAUGAUAAAAGGUUUUGACUCAAGCUUUGUAGGCAAGAAGAGGUGGGAAAUUUGUCUUAUCUCUUUAUCAUUUUGUUACCUUAUGUUUCUCUAUAUCCUAGGAAAAUUUUACACUCAAGGAAUAUUCCAAAAAGUGAUGAUCUUAGAGCACUUGGGUGCUUUUGUGUUUCAUCAGUGCUGACAUGUUAGGUACCUAGGGAAAUAAUGCUUCAGGGUCUUCUUGACAAGACAGCUUCCUGGGUGGCUGGGGGAUAUUUAUGUUUGCGCUCAGGUUGGGACAGAGUGGCAGAUGGUGUAGGGACCUCUCCGUUGGUGAAGCAGUGCAAUCAGCUGCUUUUCAGGUGUGUUACUUCAUUAUACUUGUAACAUAACCCUUGUGUCCCUAACUGACUGAAAUGUCAGGCUCCAUAACUGUAAGGUAUUGGGUCAGGUGACCAGUAGUAGGACUUUGUUUAUAAUGAAAUAAAGGAAUAAUGUUAAGUAAGGUAUACUUGUGGGAAAAUGAGAAAUAUGAUUUUACUGGUGAAUUUCCAUGUUUAAAAUUAUAUUAACUUUUUUUUAAGUUGCAUGUUAACCUGGGAUAAAAUAUUGUCUCUGCUUUAUGCUUUGAGUAAAAAGAAAAAAAAAGAUGAGUUAAUUGUUACCCUAUUAUAUACUGUUACACACGCCUUUUCUUUUAGAAAAGGUUAAUUAUAAUUACUAUUCACACA